AUGAUGAUGAUGAUGUCUGUGAACAGCAGUAGCAAGCAGGCGUUUGUCAUGCCUCACACCUCUUUACCCGAGCCCAAGUACUCUUCCUUGCAUUCUUCUUCUCCUCCGACUUCUUCUUCUUCGUCUUCUUCAGCCUCAUCCACCUCGUCCUCCACUUUGACUUCGGACUCGCAGUCGUCGUCCUGCUCGUCCUCGUCUCGACACAGCAGCAGCAGCACGAGCAUCAUCAGCACCAGCAUCAGCAGCAGCGUGAGCUCGGAGGCAAUGCGCCGAGCGGGUCUCCCGACCCCACCGAGCAACAUAUUCGGCGGCUUGGAUGAGAGUCUGCUGGCCCGCGCCGAAGCUCUGGCGGCGGUGGACAUCGUCUCACAGACCAAAAGUCACCACCAGCACCAGCAGCACCACCACCACCCUCACCCUCACCACCCUCCGCAUCCUCACCAGUCUCACCCUCCACCUCACCACAGCCCCUUUAAGCCAGACGCGACGUACCACGCCAUGAACGCGUUGCCGUGCACCUCGUCGACGUCCUCGUCCUCGUCGUCUUCUUCGUCCGUGCCAAUCUCUCACCCGUCCGCGCUGGGUGGCAGCGGGAACGGAGGCCACCACCACCACCAUCACCACCACCAUCACCACCACCCGCAGCCUCACCAAGCGCUGGAAGGGGAGCUCCUCGAGCACCUCAGCCCAGGCCUGGCGCUCGCAGGUGCAGCCAUGGACGGCUCGGUGGUGUCCACACCGGCGGCCCACAUGGCCGGCGUCAACCACCCCAUGCACCAGGCAGCUAUCAACAUGGCGGCGGCGGCGGCGGCGCACGCUCACGCCCACGCGCAUGCCCACGCCCACGCGCACGCCCACGCACUCCCGUCUGCGCACCACCUGGGCUGCCCGAGCGACGUGGACGCCGAUCCGCGGGACCUGGAAGCCUUCGCUGAGCGUUUCAAGCAGCGGCGCAUCAAGCUCGGCGUGACGCAGGCGGACGUGGGCGCGGCGCUCGCCAACCUCAAGAUCCCAGGCGUGGGUUCGCUCAGCCAGAGCACGAUCUGCCGCUUCGAAUCUCUCACACUCUCGCACAACAACAUGAUCGCGCUCAAGCCCAUUCUCCAGGCGUGGCUCGACGAAGCCGAGAAGUCGCACCGCGAGAAGCUCAGCAAGCCCGAGCUCUUCAACGGCGCUGAGAAGAAGCGGAAGCGCACGUCCAUCGCGGCGCCUGAGAAGCGCUCUCUCGAGGCCUACUUCGCCAUCCAGCCGCGGCCCUCGUCCGAAAAAAUUGCCGCCAUUGCCGAAAAGCUGGACCUCAAAAAGAACGUAGUGCGCGUCUGGUUCUGCAACCAGAGGCAGAAACAAAAACGCAUGAAAUACUCAGCGUGCGUGUAA